AUGAUUACUAAACAACGAAUAGAAUACGUAUUCCUAUGUUUUAUUACUAUUAUUAUUAAUAUUCAAUUGACAAGUGAACAAGGAUUUGAACAAGAUUAUUAUCGAUACUUGCAACAAUUUGGUUAUACACCAAAAGUUGAAGGUCGUCGACUUUUUUCUGUAAUUACUCGAUCUUCAUAUACAGAAGGAAUUCGUAAGUUUCAACGUCUUUACAAAUUACCUGAAACAGGGCAACUUGAUGAACGAACAAAAUAUCUCAUGCAAAAAGCUCGAUGUGGAAAUCCUGAUCUGGGUACUUAUGAUUCGAUUGGACACCCAGUUGAUGUUGAUAAAAGUGAAUCUUUUUCUACGCAUGUACAAGGACGAUCGGGAAAAACUAAAGUCGCUGAAAGUUCUUCGAAACCGACACAUAUCUGGUCAAAAAGACAUUUAAAAUGGUAUAUUGUAAGAUAUCCUGAGCAACAAAAGUAUAUUACAUCAAAAAAUCAUAUUCUACGUGUAAUAAAUCAAUCGUUUUAUGAUUGGCAAAAGCAUUCAGGACUAACAUUCGAGAUGGUUGAAACAAAACAAGAAGCGGAUUUGAAAAUAAAAUUUCAAGCAAAAGAUCAUGGUGAUGGAUAUCCAUUCGAUGGACCUGGUUCCACAUUAGCACAUGCAUUUUAUCCAACUGCUGGUGAUAUUCAUUUUGAUGACGAUGAUGAUUUCACAGAUGAAUAUAAAGAUGAUGAUCAAUUGUAUACAUUGAGACUUGUUGCUGCACAUGAAAUAGGUCAUGCACUUGGUUUAUCACAUUCAUUUGAACAAGGAUCACUUAUGUAUCCGAUGUAUCAACAGUUCAAUUCAACUUAUGAAUUAUCCAGUGAUGAUCAAGAAGGUAUACAAACACUCUAUGGCAAACCAGAAAUAAAGUCUAUACCACCCAAACAACCUAAAACAACUUUGUCAUCAUCAUCAUCAUCAUCAUCAUUCAUCACAUCAACAUAUUCUUCGGAUAUAUUACCAAUUGAUAAUUGGUGUGCAGAGGAAUUUCAAACAGGUUGCGAAGGUCCCGACGGUGAACUUUAUUUAUUUAAAGAUAAUCAAGUAUGGAGAUAUCAAGCAAGAAAAAAACGCUCAUGGGAUUCUCAACCAUCAUUGAUAAAUGAACGUUUUCCAUCGCUAACUGAUGCAAGCAUAACCGCUUGUGUUAGAUCAUCAAUUGGUUAUACGUAUUUAUUUCGUAAUUAUCUUAUGUGGCAAUUUAAAACACAUUGGUCUUUUGAUGGACCAUAUAUAUUGCAUGGUAAAAAUUAUCCGCAAAACCCUCGCAUAGCUUUAUUACAUCGAAACUCAAUCUAUUUAAUACGCAAUCGUUUAGCAUUUCGUUUGAAUGAAUUCGAUCACAAUAGAGAGCUGGAAAUUCAUAACAUCGAUGAAAUACUUAAUCCACCACCAAAUGAAUUUAUACAAUCGGGUUUUACGUAUGCUAAACGUCAUUAUAUAUUUACAAGAGAUUUUGUUUAUGUCUACGAUUCAAUACAUGGAAGUUUACUACCUAGUUAUCCGAAACCUAGGAUAAAUGGUUGGUUUGCAUGUGAAGCAACAUAUCAAGUAUCGAAAUCGAGAAAAACAUCCACAACAACAGCAACAACAAUAAUGAGAGCUUCAUCAGCAGAAUCACCUCGACGACAUGAUCACGAUCACGAUGAAGAUGAUCAUAAUUUUCAUCAUCACCAUCACCACAGUCAUCAUCGACCUAGACGACCUUUUCAGCAUCGUUUACCUCCUCAUGGAUAUCGUCGUCGUUGGGAAUAUUGA